AAAUUGAUUUUUCUUCUGUCAAUUUUGUGUUUGCUAGGUUAAAAUACAACAAUCGUCCGUUUAAAUAGAAAAACCACCCGGAAAAUUCGUUUAUUAUGAAUACAUGUUUAACCCCGCUACCUGUCGAAGAUCCGGACGGCGAUCAGAGAUGGAUGAGUAUACACAAUCGAUUCGUUUCCGAAACGAGGGAAAAAGACGCCGAGGUUGUUUUUAUUGGGGAUUCUAUUAUUCAAGCUUUACAACAUACGGAUAUUUGGAAUGAUUGGUUUGUCCCGAUGCAUUGUUUAAAUUUUGGUAUUCAUAGGGAUCAGUUGCAAAAUGUUUUGUGGAGGGUUCAAAACGGCGAACUUGACAAUAUUAAGCCAAAGGUUGUAGUUUUGCAUGUAGGUACAAAUAAUCAUGGAAAUACUCCCGAAGAAAUCAUUGAAGGAAUAAUUGAAAUUAUUAAUACUAUUAAAGAAAAAUUAAGUAAUACUUACAUAGUAGUCCCAACACUUUUGCCCAGAGGACAACAUCCAAAUCCAUUACGAACCAGGAUAUUACAAGUGAAUGAUUUAAUUAAAUCAAAAGUAUCUCAACUGCCUAAAGUAGAAAUUGUGCCUAUUGAAAAUGGUUUUAUUCAACCAGAUGGCACUAUUAGUCACCAUGAUAUGUAUGAUUAUUUAUUGUUAACAAAUUCUGGUAGUAGGAAAGCUUUUGAACCAGUUUAUGAGAUGUUACAACAAUUGCUUAGUGAGGGAGAAGUUGAAAAGGAGCUCACACCAACCGAAUAACAUCGGAUUAUGGUGUUUUUCAUAGAAUCACCCAUUUAUUUAUUUUUAUAUUGAAUGCUAAAAGAAGAAGCAGAAGCCUGCGCAUCAUUUAAUUAUUAUUCUUUAAGGGUACACAUUCCUAUUUUUCAUUUUCACUCUUUUUUUCUCUUUAUUUCCUAAUCAGCCUGUGAACUGUCCAUAAGUAUGUUUUGUGUGGAAUAUUGAUUUAUUUAUUUUUUUUUAAUGGGAGGAAAUUGUGAUAAUAUACUCUUUGUAACUUCAGGAUGUUUUGAUUGGUACAAAAACUUUUGAGACAUUCUUCUGUAUUAUCUAUUAUCAACAUUAUUUUUUUAGUCAUUAUGUUAGGGCUUUGACUGAAAGUAUGAAUGCUUCUCCCUUAUUUGCGAGAAAUUGAUUGAGCAUUUGUGAUUAAUUCUUAUUUUGUAAUUUAUUUCUUUGUAUGUUUACAAUAAAAGCGAUUGAAUUUA